GAAAAGCCUGGCGUUAGCUGUAGCUGGAAUCCUGGGCUUUCCGGUUUCGGGGGAUGCUCGAUGAGAGCGCGCGCUGAGCUGAGCUGAGCAGAAGGGAGUUACAGCAAAUGCAUCUCUAUUUAAGUAGUGACGAGGCGCUGCUAAUGCUCACUGGUUCAACGACUACCUUCUCAGUAAGCUACCUACCAAACUUUGUCUUAAGGUAAAUCGUAUUUUACAAUUUCAUAGAUAUUCCAGAGUCUUCAUUUUGCUUUGAUACAUCAGGAAUUAUUUCUAAAGAUGUCUAAUGGAUACAGAGUCCCUUUUGAGGAAAUGUUGAAGUGCAGCAUAUGCCAGGGCAGGAUCAAGGAUACCAGGAGUCUACCCUGUGGACAUACCUAUUGCAAGGAUUGUCUCACUAGGUCUGCUAACGCUACCUUCCCUCGAGGAAGCAUCCAAUGUGCAGAGUGCAAGAAGACAUCUCAGCUACCCUUCGGAGGAGCAGAAGGUCUCCCGCGCUGCUUUGCCAUCAACAGCCUCGUGGAUGAUAUCAACGAGACCUAUGGCGGCAGCGCCACUAGCAGCAGGAGAAGCAGUACGAGCUCCGGCAGAGGGGAAGAACUGUCUCUUGGCAGACAUGGUUUCCAAGCUCGGGAAACGUUCACCUGCUCAUUCUGCUUAAAUCUGAUGAGAGACGCCUGCUAUCUACCUUGCGGACACUCCUUUUGUCGAGAAUGCCUGACGAUGCAGCCACGAACAACACCAGGUAUCAAAUGUAUCAAGUGCCUGAAGGACCACAACCUACCAGCCCGAGGAAUCGUUGGUCUCCCUGUCGCUUACCGCAUCAAUAGCAUCGUGGCUGAGAUCAGGUCUGGUGACAGUGAAACUAGUGGUGAAUCACAGACGCGUUCCUCCCAGAACAGACGACAUCAACCUCCCCAUCCUCAUCGAUCACCUGACACUCAUUCUAGACCAUUGAUGGAGGACGUCGACGAGGCCAAGAGGAGGGCCCAGGCCGGCUACCAGAUCCAGGUCUUCGUCAAACAAAUCAACGGGAAGACCCUCGCCAUCAACACCAGAGCCAACGCCACUGUAGGCGAUCUCCAGCGAGAGAUUAAGACGAGAACCAGCAUUGACCAGUCCCAGCAGAUGCUGACCUUCAGCGGUCGGAAUUUGGACGACAGGACAAGAACAUUGUCAUCCUAUGGAAUUGUAAAUCUAUCCAAUAUUGAUAUGAAUGCGAGACUCCGUGGAGGUAGCCAAUAGAAAUUAAUUCCUCCAUUUCCUUUUUAUAAUUUUUUUAAAUUUAAAUAAUUUAUAUUUGUUUGUUGUUGUUCUUGUCGUUUUUUUU